AUGUCCGCGAGUCCUCCAAAGGAAACGGAGCACGAAGGUGUACAGUCGCCUGACGACCCAGAUGCGCAAAUGAAUCAAGACCCACACUCCUCAGGUCUGGCCUACGAAUUCGAGGUGAAAGAGCAAGAUCGCUGGCUUCCAAUAGCAAAUGAUAUUCUCCGCAUAUUGAAGCUCGCCGUGACUGGCACCGCUUCGAGGACCUGUAUCGAGUGCUCGCGGAUGUUCCUGAAUUGGCCAGUCAUUGAGCUCGGUGCGCAAACGCUUCAAGUUUGUUGUGUUACUGCGAUCAUAUGUCCUAUCAUGUCCCACAGCUCCUCGUCUCCGUCCCCUCAGGCACCCUCCUCCACGUCCAAAACUUCGAAAGGUUCCAAAGAUGAUUAUUUGGAUUCUAACAUAAGAAACUUUGCUCCAGUUGCGAGGAUUAUGAAAACGGCCCUUCCCGAGAAUGCCAAAAUCGCCAAAGAAGCAAAGGAAUGCAUGCAGGAGUGCGUGAGCGAGUUCAUCUCCUUCAUAACAAGCGAAGCGUCCGAGAAAUGCCAUCAGGAGAAGCGAAAGACCGUCAAUGGAGAGGACAUCCUAUUUGCAAUGACCUCCCUUGGUUUCGAGAAUUAUGCUGAGGCACUCAAGAUUUACCUCUCUAAGUAUCGAGAAACUCAGUCAACCCGAGGCGAGAACCGACCUGGUAGUCAAGGGUUUGGCUCGGCAGCCGCAGGAGGAUCAGGAGGGGCCGCAAACGCGACCUCGUCAACGACCUUUGCAGGCGGGCCGGAAGGAACUAACAAUAUCCUUGGCGGCCAACCGGGAGAGGGUGCAGACCAUGACGGUGGCUCUUAUGGAAACAUCUAUGGUGGCCAGGUCUCAAGCGGACACAAUGGAGCAACGGGUGGCGAAGGCUACUAA